CAGCCACAUCCAGUACCGUGCCCAAAAGGAAGGAGAAAAAGAAAGCCUAGAUCUCUGUCACACACGAACGGUCGGCGGUGCACCCAUGUCGUCGCCGGAUGAGGAGGAGGGCGUGGACGAGUGGGUGCCGCCGAGCCGGCGGCCGGAGCUGGCGGACGUGGCGCCGCUGCCGCAGGGCGACGGGCCCUGCCCCGUGGUCGCCAUCGCCUACCGCGACGACUUCCGCGAGGUCAUGGACUACUUCCGCGCCCUCUACGCCGCCGGCGAGCGCAGCCCCCGCGCGCUCCGCAUCACCGCCGAUGCCAUCGACUUCAACCCCGGCAACUACACCGUGUGGCAUUUCAGGCGUGUUAUUCUAGAGGCACUGGAUGCUGAUUUGAUCCAAGAAAUGAAUUUUGUGGACCAGAUUGCUGAGUGUAAUGCAAAAAAUUACCAAGUCUGGCAUCACAAGAGAUGGCUUGCUGAGAAAUUAGGACCGGAUGUUGCAAAUAGUGAACAUGAAUUUACAAGGAAGAUACUGUAUGAUGAUGCUAAAAAUUACCAUGCUUGGUCCCAUAGGCAGUGGGUUCUUCAAGCAUUGGGUGGCUGGGAGAGUGAAUUGCAGUACUGCAACCAGCUGCUUGAGGAAGAUGUCUUCAAUAACUCUGCUUGGAAUCAGAGAUACCUUGUGGUAACACGAUCCCCAAUUCUUGGGGGUCUUGUGACAAUGCGUGACUCGGAAGUAGAUUACACAGUUGAGGCUAUUAUAGCGAACCCUCAGAACGAAAGCCCCUGGAGGUACCUCAGGGGUCUAUAUAAGGGCGAUAAUACCUUGCUGGUGGCUGAUGACCGCAUAUCUGAUGUCUGCCUCAAGGUCCUGAAUAAUGACUGGAGAUGUAUAUUUGCUUUGGGCUUGCUGCUCGAGCUUCUUCGCAUGGGUUUGCAGCCCUCGGAUGAACUUAGGGGAACCAUUGAAGCAAUAAAUAAUUCUGAUCCUGAAAUUGAGCAUACUGAUCUUGCGACAGCCGUCUGCUCAAUCCUGCAGAAGUGCGAUCCCCUGCGGAUAAACUAUUGGUCGUGGUACCGGACCACGCUUUCUUCUUAGACAGCUCCUGAAGAUACAUGCAAGAUAGUUUUUGCAGCAUGAUGCAAACUCUAUCGUAGGGGUUGACAAUGUAUGAAAACCUUUCAUGUGAUCCUGGCAUAGAGCAACAUGUGCACUAGUUUUACUGGGAAUAAUUGAUCAGUGACAUUAUGCCAAACAUUGUCGUGUUUCAGUUGUGUGAAUAUGUUAUUUCCAGGUAUUCACAUUCUAAUUCAAUGCUAUAGUAAUUGACACA